UCGUGUGGACUUCAAAUUCGGAAUGUCAAAUAGUAUUGCUUCUUUUUUCGCUGUCUGCAUAUUUUUCCAGUAAUUAAUUAGUAAAAAAGUCUUUGUAAACAAUAGUAAAGCAGUUAUUGCUAAUAUUAGCAAUUAAGUACAAUUUCUAAAAUUCAUUUUACAUUAUUUGUGAUGUGUAGAAAUUGAAAAGUUCGAGAUUUUUUAACAAAAAACAUGCUCCGACGCGAGCAACGCCUUCGGUGAACAGCAGCGGAGGAGCAGCGCCUAAGCCCCACAGUUAACCCAACCCAAAAGAAAAAAUUCUUGAAGCUUCGUUGGGGUAUAAACGCCAUAGAUUUAUGUAAAGUAAAAUACAAAAACAGUAAAAGUGCAAGAAAAAUUUAUUUCUUAAGAAUAUAGUUAUACAGCAGAAAGCAAUUAAAGAAAUUAAGCACUUAUCGAAUUUAAGUAACACACACAAACACACAACAAAAUGGAUGCAGAUAAGAAUAGUCAUGAAACAAAAGUCAUCUAUCACAUUGAUGACGAGACUACCCCUUAUUUGGUGAAAAUUCCCAUACCCUCAGCGCAAGUGACAUUAAAGGACUUCAAAAUGGUGCUCAAUAAACAAAACAACAACUACAAAUAUUUCUUCAAAUCAAUGGAUGCGGAUUUUGGUGUUGUAAAAGAAGAGAUUGCAGAUGACUCCACCAUACUACCAUGUUUUAAUGGACGUGUAGUUUCUUGGCUGGUUUCAGCUGAUGGUACAAAUCAAUCUGAUAACUGCUCCGAGUUGCCGGCCAGUGAGUGCGAGGUACGUCCAAAUAUGCGUGGUGCUCAACAGCAGAAAAUCGGCAGCGGCGGAGUUGCUGGUAUGAUGGGAGUAGGCAUGUCCGCUAUGGGUGUUGGAGGUGGUGGAGGCGGUGUUGUCGGCGUGGGUAUAGCGAACACUGGUGUAAUAACAAAUCCGAUGAUGCAGCAUCCUCUUACAUAUCAGUCUGCUUCGGUGCUGUCAAGUGACUUGGAUUCAACCAGCUUGUUUGGCACCGAAUCUGAAAUUACACUUGAUCGCGACAUGACAGACUAUAGCAGCGUUCAAAGGUUGCAGGUGCGUAAGAAACCACAGCGGCGUAAAAAACGAGCUCCAAGCAUGUCACGCACAUCUAGUUAUUCAUCGAUAACCGAUUCGACAAUGUCAUUGAAUAUCAUUACUGUAUCCAUUAAUAUGGAGGCGGUUAACUUCCUUGGCAUUUCAAUUGUGGGUCAAUCGAACCGUGGCGGUGAUGGCGGAAUUUAUGUAGGCAGCAUAAUGAAGGGUGGCGCUGUAGCGUUGGAUGGACGCAUUGAACCUGGCGAUAUGAUACUUCAAGUCAAUGAGGUGAACUUUGAAAACAUGACCAAUGAUGAGGCUGUGCGCGUUCUGCGUGAGGUUGUGCAGAAGCCUGGACCCAUUAAAUUGGUGGUCGCCAAAUGCUGGGAUCCGAAUCCAAAAGGUUACUUUACCAUACCGCGGACUGAGCCGGUUCGUCCCAUCGAUCCUGGCGCUUGGGUUGCACACACUCAAGCACUGACUGCACAUGAUAGUAUUAUACCCGAUAUACCAGAGCCGAUUAAGGAACGACUGGAUCAAAAUAAUUUAGAGGAAAUUGUGAAGGCAAUGACAAAACCUGAUAGUGGUUUAGAAAUACGAGAUCGAAUGUGGCUCAAAAUAACCAUACCGAAUGCAUUUAUUGGCGCCGAUGCUGUAAAUUGGGUGCUGGAGAACGUAGAGGAUGUGCAAGAUCGUCGUGAGGCACGUCGCAUUGUAUCGGCAAUGCUGCGCAAUAACUACAUUAAACAUACCGUUAACAAGCUGACAUUCUCUGAACAGUGUUAUUAUGUGGUUAAUGACGAUCGUAAUACCAAUUGUCGUUCCAACAUUAGUCAUGCUGAUACGGAAAGCAUUACCAGCGACAUUGGACCACUGCCGAAUCCACCUAUUUAUAUGCCAUACUCAGCCACCUAUAAUCCCAGUCACGGUUAUCAGCCCAUACAAUAUGGAUUGACAGAGCGACACAUCUCAUCCGGUUCGAGUAGCUCAGAUGUGUUGACGAGCAAGGAUAUAUCAGCAUCGCAAAGCGACAUAACAUCGGUUAUACACCAGACCAACCAAAUGACCAUAGCACAUGGCUCAAAUAAAUCUUCCGGUUCGUCAAAUCGCGGCACCAACGAACAAGAUGCGUCGGUUUUUAAUUACGUAUUGUAGAAAUUGCAAUGAAAUUGUGUUUAUUCUUUUUAUAUACAAGUACAUACACACAUAAUUAUACAUAAAUACAUUACAUGCAUACAUACAUAAUUUUGGAUAAAAUUUGGAGAAUUUAGUAACCACAAUAAUAAUAAAAAUAAAUAAAUACAACAUAACGAUAACCUUAAAAAUACAAAUAAAAGAAUUUCUGAUUUAUCAUUUAUUAGAAAUUCUAGAUAAUACACACUUGGAAGAUAUAUCGAAUUGCAUGUAGGAUGUAUAUACAUAUAUAUUUAUAAAUACGCAGACAUCAAUUUAAUGUGGGCUGACCUUAUUGGUGGCAAAACAUACUGUUGACAAUCAUAAAAAGAAGGUGUUAAGUAAAAGGCUUACUCAAUUAUAAGAUGAUUACGAAACCAAGGAAAGGCACUUUUAGUAUAACUAACUGGUUGUUACUAAUGGAAAUCAACCUACUAAUCUACUGAAUUUUUCACCAGAAACUAGAAGCUGAAGCUUAAAUAAUAUGUAGAAGCUGAAAUAAAGGUUUCCUCCAUUUCUUCCCCCCAUUUUUUCCUUAAUCAAUUUUUUUAUGUAUAUUUAGUAGUAUUCUUUAAAUGUUCGUGCGAAGCUAUUAAUUAUUACAAUAAGAAAAAUAAUAGGAACAUGAACUAGCUUUAAGCAGGGACUGAACAGUUAUUAGUUUUAUCACAAUAACAGUUAUGACAUGAGAAAUAUUUUUUAUUUCGCCGUUGAGAGUUGUAUACUCAUACAUAUGCGGGGAAAGCUGCUGAAGUGUCAGUCCUUGGCCGCUUACAAAUCCGGGUCGCUCCAGUUACGUAGAAGUAAAUAAUAAACAAUAUUUCCGUUACAAAUAAGUGUUAUUGCCCAACGUUUAUAUUUUUACGUUGCCUGAUAAAUAAUAAGCAGGAAUUUUCCUUACUAACAAUUAUUAAUAAUAUGACGGCUUACAUAACGGCUGAUACAUAACGGCUUGUCACAAUAACACAGAUCAAUUACAUAUCACUUAUUGCUGCACAUUUUACUCUCUUACUCAGUCCAAGUUAAUCUUAUCUCUGAGUAGAACCUCUGAGUAACAUCAUAGAGCCACAGUCUCAGUACUAGCACCUCAUUGUUCUCAAUCUUCCACUCGGUUGUUGUUGUAGCAGCAUAAACAUUCCCCAUACUUACAUACGGGGAAUGCUGCUGGAGUGACAGUCCUUGGCCGGAUAUAAGUCCGGGUCGUUUCGGUAACGUAGAACCGACUGUCGUGGAAACGUUCCACUGGGUCGAACAGUUUAUUUCAUUAUCAUAUAAUCAUCAUAUAAUUUAUUUCAAUUUCUCGAUCGAAAGGUGCUAAAAAUGCCUUCAAGUAUUACAUAUAGAUUACAUAUACAUACAUAUAGGUACAUAUAUAGCUUGGCAACGGGAAUAAAUCCUUCCGCGCUUUAGUUAUGAGGCAAAGUUAAAAAUAAACUUUGGCAAAUAAUUCUUAAUGACCAAGGAAAAGUGUUUCUAAUCUAAUAAUUGCUAUGAAGAAAUUGUUCAGUUAAACUUCGGAAUUCAGGCAACCUUUACAAUUUGUCACUUCGAGAUAACUUUUAUUUUUGGUCCCUUGUUGUAAGAUUUAUUAACUCGUUGAUGUAACAACAUAAUAGUGAAGUUUAAAGAUCUGAGUGCAAAACGAAGAAAGAAAGAAGUCUACUUAUGUGGCACUGAUUAUAAGGCCGGCAUUUUUUUUUUUGUCGGGGCAACUAGCAAGUACAGCACUCAUACACAAUUAAGUCCAUUGUACUGCACUCGGAUUCUCUUUUAACUUUCUUUAAAUCUACCCGACCUCCGAAGAAAUCUGAGUACAUCUUGUGGUGCCAAGGAGCCAAGGUGGUCGCUUCUUAACACAUCAGUGCCAAAUACCUCAAACCUGAUCCGACAGAGCGAAGGCUGGGCUGACGCACAGGAAGUGGUCCGCCGUCUGCAGAGUACAUUGUUUAAGAUGCCUACCUUUUCCAUGUGCUUCGCGCACAGAAAGUGGCCCGUCAUCAGUCCAACCAGCCAUCUGCAGUCCCCUCUGCUUAAUGGCCCGCAUACUCUAACUUAGAUCGUAUGAGUGAAGCAAAUAGUGACUUUAAAGUGUAUGGAUCUGUAAAAUCGAAAGCAAAAAGUAAGUGUGGGAUACGAUUUGGCGAUGACGAAGUACAAAUGACCAAGAAACUGAAAAGUGGUGUCAAAGCUUACUCCUAAAUCUGUAAUUGCAUGAAUAGUAAUUAGACGCGAGCUCUUUAUAAAAACUGAGGUAGAGCUUAAAUGCUUAGACUUAGAAAAUGACGCAUGAGAGCAUUUCUUAAAAUUUAGCUGAAAUAGAUUCCUAUCACACCAUGCCACGAUGUUGUUGAGGUCUGAUAAUACAAUACAAUCUCAAUACAAUAUGAGAUUUUAUAGUGGUAUUGAGUCUUGAAUAAGCAUUUUCAAGAGUACAUAUAUAGCAUACUAGAUCUGGUAGAAGUACUCGUACAUACCUCCCUAUACAUAUAAACGAGUAGCUAUACUUUACUGUAGAAAAAUUAAUUUAUUUUCUCUUUUACUUUAAUCCAACUCAGUUGCAUUUCAUUAUAAAGGUAAUGAAUGUAAGUAGAAAAAUCUGGAGAGGUACCGGAAAUAAAUUGAUGGUAUGUAUGUGUUAGACACAGUUAAAACAAGAUUUAAUAUUACAUUGCAAUAAUAGUUAAUUCGGACUUCUCUUUCCAUUCCUGCCCUACUACAUAUUGUAAAAUUAUUUUUUAUAAUGCCUUCUAUAAGAAUGAGCUAAGGAUUAGUAGCUAGCAAUGUAGCAGCCUAUUUAUCAAUCCAAACGUAGAACGUCUUAUUUACCCCUUCAAGAGAGCAGAUGCAUGCUUCAAUAACAAUAACAACUAAAAGCUCGGUUUAUUUGCUUAUCUCUACCAUGAGACGAUAAUUUCUCACCUAUUUGAAUGUUGCUCUCCUCCUUUGUCUCAUUGGAGAAGCGGAAUUGUUUGCUCAAUUGAUUAGCAGCAACAAUGCACCUGUGCGCGUUGCCAUAUAUGUAUGAUGCCAAACUAUUAAAUGCCUACAAGUUGGGCGCGUUUAUAGAUAUUUACAUAGCUAACCAAAAUGUCAUUGUAUAAAAUCUCAAUGUAGUGUCCGAACGAAAUUUAUCAUUUUCCAAACAGGCAGUUGACACAUUUUCGAUUGAUUAACUUCUGCAGCGACUUAACUUUUGGCAUGAAGAUUUGAUUUUAUCCGUACGGCUUUAAAUAUUAUUUAUCUCUGCUUUGUAUACUGUUUUUUUAUUUAUUUUUUAUUUGUUCUCUAUUUGUUAUGCUAACUGAUUAACGCCUUUUCGUAUGGAACUCAACGUGUUAUCUGUAAGAGCUUAUGGCAUACUCACAACUGCGCUUGACACUAAUAGAGAAUUUGUAGCCUGCAGUCAUUUCAAGCUGAGUCUUUCAGAUCUCGGGUCGUGACGGAAAUUUUAAUUUACGCUCAGGUUUUGUGUGCAUAUAGCGCAGAGAAUUUUGUAUUGGCAUAAUUUAAAAAAAAAAAAAAAAAUCCGUGAUUCGG